GUGGCUCCCACAGUCCAACGAGACGAUGACACGAGCUGCGUGGGAGUGGACAAUCCCACGCUGCUUUUAAUCAUCAGUCCUCAAGAAGCUGCUUGGCUUGCAUGCUCGGUACAUGUAUCGCAUUGUCCAUACGUUGUAUUGUACCGCCGUGCCUGAACUAUGCGUCGUGGUGUCGUUGAAGACGUCGACAUCAAGACCAUAUACCUCGGGUUGGAAGAUACCUCGAGGAACGCCAGGUUCGUUCGCAAUUGCGAACGAACAGCAAACGGAAGAGGAGAAGUGUCCCCUCUUCCUCACCCCCGGCCGGGCUUUGCCCCGUUACAUUCCCAUUCCAUUCUUGUCUCCCAAUCUCUUGCCGGCCUGUUCACCAUCCCGCCCUGCCCUGCCCUCUCCAAACUUCUUAGCUCUCGAUAUUCACCUAUCCUGUCCUAUCCCCUUUCAUCCCAACCCAUCCUCGCCUUCGUUAGCCCGGCACGCUCGUUGGAUCAGAGUUUCGAUCAACGGCGGGCCCCGUCUCGUUUCCCCCGUAGUCCCGGCUUUCCUUAAUCGUCCUGACGUCUGUCCAUCUUCCACAACCCCCAAGUUGCCUUCGUCUCCAUCUCUGGCGUGUAUCCAUUUUACCGCCCUCCUCCUCCUCCUGGACACCGCAUCUGUCACGAAUCAGAACCAUACCGUGGCCCCUCUCCGGAAGGUUGAAAGGCCGGUUCGUCUUGCAUCUGACUGGGCCGAUUAAAUACAUACGACCCGCAUGGCACUCCGUCAUACGCUUUUCUUACCUCCCAUCUACGGCCAUGGCGUGUGUUCCUUCCUGUCCGCCAGAAAGAGACGUCGUCGUUGGAUUCCGGGGGGGAGGGGUGUAGCUGCCCUUGACCAACGUCUUGUUUGCCUUCCGGAUUCUACACUCCUAGACUCUACACACACACCUCUUACACCCACACCUUCUUUCCCACACCUCGGCCCCUUUUGGAGCUAAAGCACCUUCUAUCCUUCUUGACACCGCACGGGCGUGG